AUGCCAGCAGUCGGUCGACCGGACGAGGAGAGAGAACGCGAGAGGCAGAGAGACAGAGACAGAGUAUGGAAAACAGUUGAGGCCACUACGGAGAGGGGCCGUCUUCGCUCUCGCAAUGUUUGUUCAGUCGCGGACGUCCUUCCCCCAAUGCGAAAAGAGUCGCAUCGUCGCACUAGUUUCGUCGCCGGUGGAAGAAGAGAGGAAGGAAUCGAGUGGGUGGACAAAAAAAGGAAAAAGAAAAAACGGCGUUUGAUCUUCAACAUCAGUAUUUCUUAUCCGUUUGCUAUAAUUUCAGCGAUGAACAAAAUAAUGGAUGUGGAUAAAGUCCCCUGGUUGGAAGUGGUAGUUAUGGGUCUCACGCUGAUCAUGUUUGUGUUCAACACUUCUAUGUUGCUUCUUGAAUCUCUCGAGCUGUUGGGAUUGUUCUUGCUCGUGGCGGAGAUCCUCAGCAAGCUUGGCGGCAUCACUGGCGGCACGGCGUCCACGGUCUUCAGAAGCGGAGAGUUCAGCGUGAGCCUCGGCGAUGUCGCUAUUAAGGAGGGCGAUCUCGUUGUCGAGUUGACUCUUGGCGGCGGCGAGGGCAACGUUCUGGGAGUUGAGCUCGUUAUUGUGCUCUUGGUGCUCCUUCACCGAGCUUUCGACGACACGGCGGGCACGCUCGAUCUGAAAUUGGAAAUUUAA